AUGCCUAGUGACACUGUAGUUAAUCCAAGAGAGUACUGUAAUGCAAUAACAACUCAGAGUGGGAAGGUGAUUGAACCUCAAGAUAAGCCAGCCAAGAAGCAAGAUAAAGAGAAGCAGCAAUACUCGAAGUUUAUGGAGAUGUUUAAAAAGUUGCAAAUUAACAUUCCAUUCUCCAAAGCUUUGGAGAACAUGCCUUUGUAUGCAAAAUUCAUGAAUGGUCUCUUGUCAAACAGGCAUAAGCUCAGAGGGAUGGAAACGGUAGCUUUAACUGAAGAGAGUAGUGCUGUGAUCAAAAAGGGGUUGCCGUCUAAAGUCAAAGACCCAGGGAGAUUUAGUACCCCUUGUACGAUCGGGAAUGUUAAAGUAGGAAGAGCUCUAUGCGAUCUGGGAGCCAGUGUCAACUUGAUGCCUCUUUCUUUUGCACGGUCUUUAGGGAUAAUGAAGAUGAAAUCUACCUUGAUGUCUCUCCAAUUUGCUGAUAAAUCCAUCAAAAGACCGGAAGAAGUGCUAGAAGAUGUCCUUGUGAAGGUAAAUGAUUAUAUAUUUCCAGCUGAUUUUAUUGUGCUUAAUAUGGAGGAAGUUGACAACAUGCCUCUCAUCUUGGGGAGACCAUUCUUAGCAACUGCUAGGACACUGAUUGAUGUGGAAAAAGGCCAGAUGAUCUUUUGA